UACAAUCACGACAACAGGUGACAAAAGUUGCAGCAAAAACUAAACCCCCAAAUAAUUACUUAAAUUACAGCACCAUGUUUGCAAAGCCGAGACCCAAGAAGAGCGUCCUCCCUCCACCGAGCAAAAAGCGCAAGUAUGGCGUUGAAGAAGUCUCUUUCGACUUUGACGCUCGACAGGAAUACCUCACUGGCUUCCAUAAACGGAAACAACAGCGUAUAAAGCUGGCACAGGAAGAAGCUGCUAAGAGAGCACGCGAGGAGAGGUUAAGGACGAGGAAACAGAUUCGAGAUGAACGCAAGCGAGAAGUUGAGGAGCACGUCGAGCACGUCAAUAAGCUACUUCGGGAAUCAGGCGCCAUUGAGGUUGACAGCGCCGAUGAGCAAUCAGGAUCGGGCGAAGAGGCGAACGAGGGAGAAUGGACCGGGUUUCCAGACCGACCAAACCUUGACAUUGUUGAUCACGAAGAGGAGUACAUAGACGAAGACCGAUAUACAACAGUCACAGUUGAGUCCGUCUCAAUAUCAAGAGAUGGCUUAGAACGGCCCGAGAAGCCUCAAGAAAAGACCGAGGGAGAUCAAGAGCAAGAAACGGAGAAAGCGGAUCAAGACAAACCAAAAGCCAAGGAAUGGCCCAAGAAGAAGAAGCAGAAAUUCCGUUACGAGUCGAAAUUCGACAGGCAGCUUACAGAGAGGAGGCAAAAGGCGAAGAGCAAAGCCAAGAGCAAGGCGCGCAGGUCGGAAUGAAGGCUUUGAAGCACGAAUAUAGUUGCCAGCUUCGGUAGCGAUCUAUGGAUACCCCAAAAAAGGAAAAAGAAAAAAAAAGAACAUGGUGAUGAAACACGUAAUUGUUGUAAUGCUGCUGCUAAACAUGACGCUUCCCUGUGACACUUGAAUCUUCUCUAUCAACACGCGUCCCGCAACAUCCUACAUUAUUUCCUUUGUGGUGCCUAUAAGGGGUCCAGCCGCACAACAGUUUGUGUUGGGCAGCCAAAGGGUAUGCUGGCCAGCGAGUACAAUUUAAAUGUUUCCAAUCUCGUUCUGGAGCUCCUCCAGCUCCUUCUGCAGAUCGGUGUGCUUCUUUGCCAUCUCCUCAUACUUCUGCUCCCACUGGUCGCGUUCAUUCUCAAGGGCCUGGACCUUGCGCUCGAAGUGGCCGGCCUUGACAUCAGUUUGUCGGAGC